AUGGCACUCUUAAGCCCUUUUCUCCUGGUUCUUGGGUUGUUCGUCUUGGUUGGUUCUUAUAUAUGGACCUGCCUGACAUCGCCUUUGCGUAAAUUGCCUGGUCCAAAGCUCGCCUCAUUCACUUCUUUUGCCAUCAAGUGGCAUGAAUUCCACGCCAACCGGACCAGAUAUGUCCAUCAACUCCACGAGACUUAUGGCCCAGUAGUGCGAAUCGCACCAAAUGAGGUCUCGUUUGCGUCAGUUGAGGGUGUGAAGGAGAUCUAUUCAUCUGGUGGCAGUGGUUAUGACAAGACUGAGUUCUACAACUUAUUUCAGGUGUAUGGAAGGAGAACCAUGUUCAGUACUCUGAACAAGAAUGACCAUGCCAAGAAAAAGAGAAUCCUCGCAGAUCGCUAUGCCAAUACAAACAUCAUGCGCUCCGCAUCAAUGGACGGUAUCAAAGAGCGCUCUGAAAGGUUUAUCGAGCAGUGCACCGCCUCUGUGGUUCUGCAUGCUUAUGCCUUUGAUUGUGUAAGCCAUCACCUGUUUCAUCCCUAUGGUUCGGACUCGAUUCGUAACCAGGAUGACGCCGAGAUUAUGAAACAAGUCACUUUCGACGAUAGUCUCCAAAAUCGGCUGAUUCGUUACUACAACCCGACUCUCCAUUGGCUCAUUGGGGGCGUUCUUUCAAUAUAUGCAAAGCCCAGGGAAACGCCUUUGGCGGAUGACCUGGUUUUGAGCGCUACUGCCAAGACCGAUCCGUCGCCCUUUACCCUUCUGAGUCGAAUGGAAGAAAAGGGACACGACUUGGAGCAUCUGGACAUGGCGGCCGAAUGCUUGGAUCACAUGGCUGCUGGCAUCGAUACUACGGGAGAUGCCCUCUGUUUCCUCAUGUGGGAGAUAUCGCAGCCGAGAUCCCGGAUAGUACAGACGCGGCUGCAGCAGGAGAUCCAGGCACACAAAGACUUGACCCCGGAGAAACUGCCGUACCUAGAGGCGGUCGUCCUCGAAGGGCUCAGAUGCUUUCCGGCGAUACCAAUGUCCCUUCCGCGAUAUGUACCAAGCGGCGGGCGGACGAUUGACGGCUACUUUAUUCCAGAAAAGACCAUCGUCAGCAGCCAGGCGUUUUCGACACAUCGUAUCAAUGAGGAUGUGUUUCCAGAACCCAACACUUUUAACCCAGACAGAUGGUUGGCGCCAACGGGAGAUAAGGAGCGGAAGCAGUUAUUCUUUGCCUUUGCAAGCGGAGGUCGUGGGUGUGUUGGGAAACACUUGGCACUAGCAGAGAUGAAGACACUUCUCGUGGAUGUAUAUUCGCGCUUCACAACACUGCCAGACGAGUCCAUGACGUCUGACAUGAUGGAGAUGUCGGACCAGCUGAUUUCAUCUCAGCCGCUGGGGAAAAAGUGCUUGAUGAAGUUUGUGCCGCUGGAUGCAGAACAUUAA